CAUGCACGUGGAGAAUCAGUCAAAACAAUCGUGAAUAUAAGUGAAAAUCCAUAAAAAUUUACCUACAUGCACUAGUAGAGAACUAAUUGACAUUUUGAAGGUGAGAAUCAUGAAGAUGAAAAAAGAUAAGCUUAUAGAGCUGAAAAGAGCAGUGGAUAGUGUGGAAAUAGUGGAUGCUCAUUCACAUAACAUUGUGGCCCUCGAUUCCAAUUAUCCUUUUCUCAAAUGCUUUUCUGAUGCCACUGGGGAUGCUUUAUAUAAUGCACCCUAUACCCUCAAUUUCAAGAGAGGCCUGAGGGAACUGACAGAACUAUAUGGCCCAAGCUUAAGCUUAAGCUUAGGUUUGCAUACUGUUCUAGAAACUCGCCGGAGCUUAGGAUUGGAGCAAAGCGCUAUUACUUGCUUCAGGGCUGCAAGAGUAUCUACCAUACUUAUUGAUGAUGGAAUUGAAUUGGAUAAAAUGGUUGACAUUGAAUGGCACAAAAAAGUUGUGCCAAUGGUUGGUAGAAUACUACGAGUUGAACAUCUAGCUGAAACAAUUCUUCAGAAGGCUGCAGAUGGAACAACAUGGACACUGGAUUCAUUCAUGGAGAUUUUCACUAAGGAGCUGAAGUCAGUAGCUGAUAAUGUUGUUGCAUUUAAAAGCAUGGUUGCAUGUUGUAGCGGCCUUGCAAUUAAUACAGAAGUCACUCAAAAAGAGGCUGAGGAGGGCCUGAGUGGUGUUUUAUGCGCUGGGAAUCCCAUCAGAAUCUCAAACAAGAGCUUCAUUGAUUAUAUAUUUAUGCAUGCUUUGGAGGUCGCUCAAAGUUAUGACUUGCCAAUGCAGAUACACAUGGGUUUCGGGGACAAGGAUUUUGAUAUGAUGCUUGCGAAUCCCCUUUAUCUUCACAAUCUUCUUGAGGAUAAGAGAUUCACUAAUAGCCGAUUAGUGCUUUUGCACGCGUCCUACCCAUUCUCAAAGGAAGCUUCACAUCUGGCUUCUGCAUAUCCUCAAGUCUAUCUUGAUUUUGGGUUUGCAAUUCCUAAACUUAGUUUCCAUGGGAUGAUAUCCUCAGUGAACGAACUCCUGAAACUUGCUCCGAUGAAUAAGGUUAUGUUCAGCACUGAUGCCAUCGCGUUUGCUGAAGCCUUUUAUUUAGGUGCAAAGAGAGCACGUGAAGUAGUAUUCUCUGUUCUACAUGAUGCGAUGGUUGAGGGUGAUCUUUCAAUUACAAAAGCUGUGGCAGCCGUUAAAGAUAUAUUUGCAGAAAAUGCAAAGAAGUUUUACAAAUUGCACAAACUUGAUGUUUCUUCAAAAGAUUCUGAUAUAGAACCUCAUAUACCGUCUCCCUUCAUUAAGGAAGAGUUACAUGGUUCAUUAAAGGAUUCUUCAACAGAUUCUGAUGUAGAACCUUGUAUAUCGUCUUACUUCCAGAAUGAAGAGUUAUAUGGCUCAUCAAAGGAUGUUACCCUUGUUCGCAUUAUUUGGAUAGAUGCUUCUGGCCAACAUAGAUGCCGUGGUGUUCCACGGCAGCGCUUCUAUAGUUUUGUGAAAAAGCAUGGUAUAGGCUUACCUCGUGCAUGUAUGGGGAUAAGUUCAAUAUCUGAUUAUCCCGUAGAGGACACUACUCUCACCUGUUCGGGUCUGUUCACAAUUGUUCCUGAUUUAUCAACCAAAUGCAGAAUUCCAUGGGCAAAACAGCUGGUUUUGGCUAACAUGUGUACUAAAUCUGGUGAACCAUGGGAAUAUUGUCCAAGAGAAGCUUUACGCAGAAUCUCUAAAAUUUUAAAAGAUGAAUUCGGUUUGGUCAUGACUGCAGGCUUUGAAGUUGAAUUUUACCUUCUAGAGAGUGUAAUAAAGAAUGACAAAGAAGAAUUUGAAUCAUCGGAUCAGUGCAGGAAGUGCCAUACAGCAGCAUUUGAUGCUGCAUCCCCUAUGCUUGAGGAGAUGCUCGGUUAUCUUCAAUCCUUGAAUAUUACUGUAGACUAUCUACAUAAAGAAGCUGGAAAAGGUCAAUUUGAAAUUGGACUACCAUAUACAGAUUGUUUUAGAGCUGCUGAUACAUUAAUUUAUACACGUGAAGUCAUCAGAAAAGUUGGAAGGAAAUAUGGAUUUCAUCCAACGUUUUUGCCAAAGUAUUCGUUAGACGAAUGGGGCUGUGGAUCAAAUGUGCAUAUAAGUUUGUCCAAGAACGGAAUUAACGUUUUUAAGGCAUCUGAGGGAUCAAGUCAAUAUGGGAUUUCCAAGAUUGGGCAAGCAUUCAUGAGUGGGGUGUUAGAUCAUCUUCCUGCCAUAUUAGCAUUUACUGCACCACAUCCUACAAGUUAUGAGCGCCUGUAUUCUAAGGAUUGGAAUGGACGAGUUGUCAGUUGGCAGAAAGAAAACAAUUAUGCAAAAAUUAGUACUUGUAGACUUCCAGGAGCUGAUGUUGUAGGCCAUUUUGUAUGUCCUGCAUUUGAUGCAUGUGCGAACCCAUACUUGGGACUUGCUUCUAUACUUACUGCUGGGAUCGAUGGCUUGCGGAAAGAUUUGAGCCUUGCUGCACCAGUAGAUAGAGAGAGUCGUGUCAAUCAAGAGGAUUAUCGAAGGCUACCAGAUUGUCUUACUGAUUCUUUAAGCGCUUUAGAGGAAGAUACAUUGUUUAAGGAUAUGAUGGGUGAAAACCUCAUGGCUUGCAUAAAAGCUAUUCGCAAGGCUGAGAUCAAUCACUACUCUGAAGAUGAGGAACCAUACAAGGACCUUAUAUACAAAUUUUAGGUUGAUCUGUGAGAUUAGCAUAGUUUAUAUUGUUAAUUAAUUAUCAUAAAUAUGAGCUUAUUUUGCUAUUCCCUUCUUCUUUUUCUUAAUUUAUGCACUUUGAUUAAUGAAACAUCUUAGUGAAUUUUUUUUGGUUUCCCACCCGGUGUCCGGUACCCGCAUUAGAGCCCGACUAUAUCCGGAUUCAGGCCCCAUUCGAGGGAGCGCUCCUUACUAAAGAUUUUUCCAUACCCAAGACUCGAACUCGAGAUAUCUGGUUAAGGGAAGAGCAGUCUCAUCCACCGCACCACAUCCUUUCACGGUAAACAUGUUAGUGAAUUUAGUUGCUCUCAUCUGUAUUCUUUUGCUUAAUUUAUGCACGAUUCCUCUUUUUGACCAUUCGACACUACAAAUUUGCUUUCACUAUUCAUCCAUCACCUGCGCAGUAAGGAGGGUCUGGAUCUUAUCUUGGACCUUCUUCUUCAACUGAGAUACAUGAAAUACGGGAUGGAUCUUCGACCCAACUGAUAAUUUUAGCUCAUAGGCUCUACUGAAACAAAUCCUCCUAUGGACCGAAGAACCUCGCCGACAACUUCAGAUUCCUUUGCACUUCUACAGAGCUUUGUUAGUAAUGUUGUAAUUAACAAAUACCUGAUCCCCUACUUCAA